AUGGCUCAAAGUGACUUCCUCUACCCAGAGAACCCAAAAAGGCGACAAGAAGUAAACCGUCUUCACCAGGAGCUCCUUGACUGCUUAUCUGACAGCUUCCAUGCCACCAAUAAGCUGAUUGGGGUUUUAAACACACACUUAGGAUGUACGUUACCUUCCAUUGAAAUGAAAAGAGAUGGGACCAUCAAAGAAAACUGUGAUAUCAUCAUCCAAUCCAUGAUGAAUAUCCAAAAAGAAUUGCAAAAGGUGGAUGAAGCACUAAAAGAUAAACUAGAGCCAACUCUUUAUAGAAAACUUCAGGAUAUUAAGGAAAGAGAAACCGAGAAAAUUGCGAUAGUACAGAAGGUUAUUUCAGUCAUCCUGGGAGAAGCUACUUCUGCUGCCAGUGCAGUGGCUGUUAAACUUGUGGGCUCAAAUAUCACAACUGGCAUAAUUAACAAGUUGGUCACUGUGCUAGCUCAGAUUGGUGCAUCUCUCCUUGGUAGCAUAGGAGUCGCUGUUCUUGGCCUUGGGAUAGAUAUGAUCUUCCGUGCCAUCCUGGGAGCAGUGGAGAAAACACAGCUUCAAGCAGCCAUCAAAAGUUACGAGAAGCAUCUGGUAGAAUUCAAGUCAGCUUCAGAAAAAUAUCAUCAUGCCAUUACUGAGGUCACCAACACAGUGAAACAUCAAAUGAAAUAA